CUUGUAGAGAGGUUCCAUUCCAAGUGAUUCUUUUAAGAGAACUUUCAGCAUAACUAAGGAAAGAUGGCUAUUUCUAAGAACCUCCCACUCUUGAAGAACCACUUCAGAAAGCACUGGCAAGAGCGUGUCAGAGUUCACCUUGACCAAGCCGGUAAGAAGGCUUCCCGUCGUCAAGCUAGAGCUUCCAAGGCAGCUGCUAUUGCUCCAAGACCAUUGGACGCUCUUAGACCAGUUGUCAGAGCCCCAACUGUCAAGUACAACAGAAAGGUUAGAGCUGGUAGAGGUUUCACCUUGAGAGAGAUUAAGGCUGCCGGCUUGACCCCAGCAUAUGCCAGAACCGUCGGUAUUGCCGUUGACCACAGAAGACAAAACAGAUCCACUGAAAUCUUCGAAUUGAACGUCCAAAGACUCAAAGAGUACCAAUCUAAGUUGAUUGUCUUCCCAAGAUCUGGUAAGGCUCCAGAGGCUGAACAAGUUUUGUCCACUGCUGCUACUUUCCCAGUUGUGCAACCAGCUCCAGAGACUGAGCCAAGAGCCGUCGAGGUUCCAGAGCAAACCGCUUUCAGAACCUUGAGAUUGGCCAGAUCUGACAAGAAAUACAAGGGUAUCAGAGAAAAGAGAGCCAGAGAAUUGGCUGAGGCUGAAGCUGAGAAGAAGAAGUAAGGUUAAUGAUCUCUCCUUAAAGUAUCUUAGGCAGGAGGCUUAUGUGUUUUAUUUGGUUCUGU